CGUGAUUGGGCGGGGCUGGGGGAGUUCCCGCAGCCAAUGGUGGCCGAGGGGGAGGUGCCUGUGACGCGGCGGAGACCUAUCAAGAAAAGGGGGAGUGCCGUGCGGGCGGGGGAGGAGAAGAGGGGGCUGGCCCGGGGGGAGGGGGGUGUGGAAAGUGCUCGCCGGGCCCCGCCCCGUCUCCAGAAGCCGCCUGGCAUCGAGGGCCGCCGUCGCUGCCGCCGCCGCAGUGGGCGAUCGGGCGCGCUGAGCGCAGGGUGACGCUCCACGACUGGCUGGAAGUUCCCGCAGCGGGAGGCCCGCCGCCACGAGCCACCAUGGCCGACGAGAUCGACUUCACUACGGGAGACGCCGGGGCUUCCAGCACGUACCCGAUGCAGUGCUCGGCCCUGCGCAAGAACGGCUUCGUGGUGCUCAAGGGCCGGCCCUGCAAGAUCGUGGAAAUGUCUACUUCUAAGACCGGCAAGCAUGGCCAUGCCAAGGUUCACCUGGUUGGAAUUGAUAUUUUCACGGGCAAAAAAUAUGAAGAUAUUUGCCCUUCUACUCACAACAUGGAUGUUCCAAAUAUCAAGAGAAAUGAUUAUCAAUUGAUUUGCAUUCAGGAUGGUUACCUAUCCCUGCUGACAGAAACUGGUGAAGUUCGUGAGGAUCUUAAAGUCCCAGAAGGUGAAUUGGGCAAAGAAAUUGAAGGAAAAUACAAUGCAGGUGAAGAUGUGCAGGUCUCCGUCAUGUGUGCAAUGAGUGAAGAAUAUGCUGUAGCCAUAAAGCCCUGCAAAUAAACGGACCCUCAGGCUCGAGCAAACUGCUUAGGUCUGGCUAAAUCCAGGUCUUCACUUUGGUUCUUACUGUCACCAAAGCUCUGGCCGUCCCAAGCAACCUCAUGCCUUUUUUUUUGGUUUUGAUUUUUUGGUUUUUUCAGAAUAGUGCUGGAUUCUAGAUUAGUUUUGAAGACAACUGGCAAUUUAAAAAGAAAAUCACUUAGAUUUAUAAUUCUCCAUGUAUUUUGUAGAUCUAUUUCCUUCAACAUUCCUGAUAGCUGUUAGUUUCUGGGUCCAAGAAACUUGGUAAGAUUCUUUUCAGCAGGCACAUUGUAAUUUGUUUGAGCAAAUAGUUUUGAGCUUUAGUUUGAUGAAAGAUAAACCAAGGUUAUAAGUAAUGUAGUAUUGAAAUAUCAGAUGUUGGUGAAGUUAAUGCAGUCUAGUUCCAGGCUUAUUAAUUUAAAAUAAGAAAGCUUUACAGAGUGGAAUAAUCACUGUUUAGAACCAUGUGUGCCAAGCACAAUUCUUAAGAACAAAAAAUUGCAUAGAUUCAAAAUUGCCAGUUGCCUUUCAAAAGUUUAAAUGGCCAUGUGCAACUAACUGUAUUACCUCUGUUCUACUAUUCUUUGCCACCUUUUUGGCAUACUUAUUAUAAUCUUACUCUAUUGUGUCAAAGCCCUGCUUCUGGUGGGACAUUCAGAAUGUUAGGUAUAUGUUACAAAGCUGGGUUAUGAAAAUGGGGGUAGAAGGAAAGUAAUUAAAGCUGGAGAUUUUCACACGAGGCCUUCGUCUAUAGACAGAAAAGUAGAAAAAUGCCAUUAGAGUUGGCUUUUUCUUUUCGCUUUCUUUUUCUGGAACUAUUAUUAAAAGGAGCAACCAGCUCCUUUAAGAUAAUGUUUGCAGAACUCACACAUUAAGUAAGUGCUUGGCUUCUAACAGAAUUUUGACCACUUUAAAACAGAAUGUUUGGCAUGGAAACUUUUGUCAAACAAAACGCCAGAACUUAUUUUAAACUUAAUGUGAAAAAAUUGUCUUCAACUACUAACAUACACAUUUCUCCAAACAAAAUUGAAUUUAUGGAUGAAAUGCAGGUUUCUAUAAAUUAAUAUUUUUUAAGCAAUCAUAGCAUAUGUGUUCUGGUUUGCUAGUAUCCGCCACUUCUGUCUUUUUUUGACUGACUGUUGAAUGAUUUAGUUUAGUAACAGAUCAGAAACCUAACUAGAAAAGCACUAUAGAACUAGCAAAAUGGUUUUGCUUAAGAUGAGAUUGACCACCUUGUACCACAUUUCCUUGGUAUCAUUUGGUUUAGUCUUAGAUGUGUUGCCAGAAUUUGGGACUUUUUUGUAGAGGUGAGGGAGGGGGAGCUAGGGGAAUUCAAGUCAAGAACCAUUUGUAUUUCAGAGUUUGUCUUAAAAACAGAUUCUGAAACAUCCCUCCUUCAUGUGCCCGUGUUCUGCCCUCUCCCUCCCCCACCUCACCCCCAAGAAGCCCUGUUUUUGCCCUUGAGCAUCUGUGUAGGCUCUGCUGCUGCUUUAUCUGAUCUGAGAAGCUACGGGAAAUAGCAAAAAGAUCAAUCGGCGCUAAGAGAUUCUAUUUCAGAUGCGAUUAUUUUCCAAAUUGUUUGAAGCAAGUAAUUUUCAUUUAUACUUGCUUCAUUUUGUAUACUUUUAAAAAAUCCUCCUCAUGAAAUCUGCCUGUGCGUUUCAAGACACAGCAAGCAGAUAGUUAGCAGACGUGAAGGAACCUCAACCAAUCACAAGGAAUCGUGAACCUUGUGGCCAAAACUGAAUGUAAACUUCCAUUUUGUUUCCCUGGCCGAGGCCCAGUGAAGUGUUGCUGCUUAAUUCUUGUGGUGUUCUGUUUUCAGUAGCCAUUCCAUGCUUCUGUCUCCGACUUUAUCAAUUUGCCGCUGGUUUGCAUAGUUGUUCACUGUAGAGAAAACUGGUACGUGAUCAAACAUGCUCAGGCAGUGUUACCAGCUACUCAGAUGGCAAGGCAGAAUCCAAGUAGAAAAUCAACUAGUUUGGCACAAACUCUUAAGCUGGCAUGCCCUAGUUUUUUCUGACAUAAUGUUAAACUGCACAAAAGUGUAUUUCUAAUUGCAAUGUAAGGGUGAAAAAGUCACCCAUCCACCCCACUCCCUGUAUUCCUAACUUAGUAUCUUGAAUGGCAAAAGCUCUAUUUAUGCAGCUAACAUUUAGUUUUUAAUAUACUUCCUUCAAGUAUUCUCUGUAGACUAGAAAUACUUUUUACUGUUUUAUGUAUAAUCUGUGUGGCUAUUUUGAAGGCAUUAGGAUCAUCUAUUUCCUUGUAUCCCUUGAUAGAGAAAAAACUCUAUGAAGCAAGUAUCUAUUUGAUAAAGUUGCCUCUGUUUGAAAGAGGGCAAGGACCAUAAUUUUUACCUUAAAGAACAGAAAUGAGUGUCUCUUUGAAAUGAGAAAUGUUGAUGAUAGUAGUUCUUAAUUGUUCUUAGUAUUGUUGCACUAUUAGCAGCAUAUGGUUAAAAAUCUUGUUUUCCAUGUGCAGAAUAUCAAAUGCCAUGUUGACAGUUUACACAAUGUAUGGUAUUUUAAUGGUUUGUUUUGCAGUAUUAACCAAUGAGCUCAGCAAAUUUAAGGUGAAUGUUUCCUCAUAGUGCAAAGUAGUUGAUAAUUUGUUUUUCAAUCGUACUUUAUUAUUUGCUUAAAAUUUUUAUAAGAUUACCUGUGGAGCAAUUGAAAUUAUUGUUAUUCAGAUGUAGCAUUUGCAUCAUAAACAUAAUUGUGAUGCCUCCCACUCCCAAGACCUGUCAGUCAAAUCCAAAAUUGUUACUAACACGUUUUUUUUUCCAUUUGUAGCACUAAUUUUUAAAUGAGCACUGUACACUCCCAACCAACUGUUAUUGCCAGGGCACAAUGUUAAUAAAACUUAAAUAGAUGCUGCAAUAAAGCAAAAGUUGCGUAGGCUGUAAAAUUCUAGGUAUAUUUUCAAUCUGAAAGUGGCCAUUUUUAUGGCAUAUAGUAUAUGUGUGUGAAUAUACAUUCACAUACAGAGCCUUGUACAUUUUUGUCCUUUCUGAAGUCUUUCCAACUCUCUAAAGUACUGUAGUCUUGUUAGUGCCUCAAAUGUUGGUAAAUUUUCCUUUAUAGCCUUUCCAGUCCUUGUCUGUGUUUUUGGUCUUGAUGGUUUCUCAACUGGAAUAUUUCUAGUUUGAGCUUAUUUGGAGUGCAUUGUUCUCAGGGCUCUUUUGGCUAAAUUGAAAUUAGCUGAUGUUGAGUUAUUUUCUAAUAAUCGUAAGUACAUUGCAGAAUUUCCCUAAAUCAGAAUCCCUUUUGUUUGCUCAUGGUGUAGUUUAACAGGCUACCAAUUUCAUUCCAAAAUAGAAAGGAAUCACAUUUGGGAUGGUAGCAGUCACUGUACUAGAACUUCACCUCUAAUAGUGUUUACCCUCAAAUGGAGUUCUAUAUAAGGGAAUUCUGCCUUUGACCCUUCUCCAAGGAAGUUUACUUAGUAAAGUAUCUGGAGCACUUAAUUAUGAGGGAAAUCUAUCUGUAGUGUAGAUUCCAAAACUCCGGUGAGUGAGAUGAGAGCUGUUGGAUUGAGAGAUGAUUCAAGUGGCCUCUAGAUUUAGCUUGUUCUUCCAAGGAAAAGUAAAAGAAUAGCUUUAUCCUUCCAUUCUUUUAAGAGAUAACUUCUAAUAACCCUAUCAAGGCAAAUUUAAGUGCCUCAUGUUGUGCUUUUCUAAUGAGCACAUUUCCCAAAGUGUAGAUAGCUGGGCAUUUGUAUGCAUUUUCCCCCUUAGUGAAAGAAGUAUGUCACGUGUCCUAAAAAUGAAAAUUUUUUUCAUUCACACAAAAGUUCCCAAAGCUUGACUUUCCUAUUGGGAAGUUUAGAUCUCACACAGGUUUUAUAGGAGUUGCUGGGAAGAUCCUGUGUGGUGACUGCCUUGCCUAAAAAAGCUAUUAAGUCAAUUCAUGAAUUCUUCUGUUAACUACCAUGUUUGGGGCUGCUAGGAAUAGUUCUUUGGGGUUGUGAUGAAUAUCCACCAUCAAUAUGAUGCACUCAGGUUAAGACAGAAUGCUUGGUAUAAAUCUGUAGUAAUAAAAUAGCUUAGUUUUUGAAAAUUAUUCUGUUUCAUCAUAUAGAGAAUUCAGAGAGAUUCUAGUUAAAAUGACAAUAAAGUGACAUUUUGCUAGUAACAAAACAGUUGUUUGUCUUAGAAAAAAUGAAUCUUGGCUUUGAACUGGAUA